CGUACAGUUGUUUAUGGGUCCAUCGUGAUAAGAUAAUUUAUUGAUAUUUAAAUAUUAUAAAUUUAAAUCAAAAUUUCAAAAUUUCCAAAAUUUAAAACUUAAAUUACCAUAAUUCGUAUCGAAUCUCAACUAAAUUAUUGUAUGCAUAUAUAAACUUAAAUACGUUCGAACAACUUUAUAACUCCAAAGUAUUUUAGAAACCUCCCUAAAAAUUUGAAAAUUCAGUUAUUUAGUUUCGACCUUGAGAAGUUUAAGCGUAAGCGAAGCGAUUCUAAAAAUUCUGCCCUUGGCUCACACAUAUUUCUCAGGACCAUGCGAAAUUUUAUCCUCGUCACGGGAGCUUUAUUGCUCUCCGCAGGAUUUUCGAACAGUGCUGGGCCCAGCUUAGAAGAAAUUGUUGAAAAUGCUAUUCAUGAAGCUGAAGAUACCAUGGAGAAGCACAGGUUAGCCACUCUUCUUCGAACCCAAGGCGACCCACCGAGUCACACUUACGUCAAAUUCAACGAAUUGACUGAAUUCCUUGGGGAACAGAGCAACCUUAAUUUGGAAACUUAUGCAAACCUGUUACGGCAAGGAGUUGAUCCAGCUCUCGCCUUAAACAUAGUGAGGAACCAACGCCCAGAUUUCUGCACGGCGAAACUGCAGGAUUGUAACCCCCUCUACAAAUACAGAAUGGUCAACGGCACCUGCAACAACUUAGACAAUCCGAUGUGGGGAGCAUCAUAUACGGCGAUGACUAGACUGCUAGCUCCCGUGUAUACAGAUGGCUAUAACGCGCAACGGGGUGGGGAUGGCGUUCAAGUUCCGUUUUCCCUGCCAAACGCCCGCCUAAUUAGCUCAACCAUACAUACGGAUUUGAUCCAACCGGAUCCCCGAAUUACCAACAUGCUACCGCAGUUUGGACAAUUUGUUGAUCAUGACCUUUCACUAGUGCCGGAAGGAGAUAAGCGUUGCUGCAAGGAAGUCUCACACCUGGACUGCUGGCCUAUCCCAAUUUAUGCAAAUGACUCAUUCUUCUCUAACUUAGAGGAGCCCGAGAGAUGCAUGGAUUUUACGAGAUCAACAGCCUUCUGUUUUCCGACCGAUACCGGUGUUCGGGAACAGCUCAAUUCCUUAACCUCGUACCUCGACGGGUCCAACAUUUAUGGUUCGGAAGAGACUCGACAUGGCUUUCUUCGAGCCUACGUUAACGGAAAACUCCGAUCAAAUUCCGAUAAUCCGAAUUUUCCUCCAACGAAUAGCGAAAUUGAAGACGAGUUUGGAGAAAGGCCCAUCCCAAUGGGGACCUUCGUCGCGGGAGAUGACAGAGUCAACGAAAUGCCCGGAUUGCUCACCAUGCACAUUUUAUGGUUCCGAGAACAUAACCGAAUCGCGGACGAAAUUCUGGCUCAAAUGCCGCAUUGGGAUGAUGAAAAAGUAUUUCAGGAAGCGCGUCGACUCGUAAUUGCGGAGUGGCAGAACGUCGUGUAUGGCGAGUAUCUUCCUGUCCUUCUCGGUGCCGACACGAUGAAUAGGUUCGGCCUCACGUUGACCGAUUCCUGGUCCAGAUACGAGGCCAAUGUAGAUGCCACAAUUUUCCACGCGUUUGCAGAUGCGGCGUACAGAUUUGGUCACACCUUCAUCAACGGGAUAAUUCAAACCUUCCGCGGCCUUGGAGACGGCCAUGGAUCGUACCGGAUCCGACACAACUUCUUUGUCGAUACGCAAGUCGUGCAGGACGGUGGGAAAGGGUACAACUAUAUUUUGAAUGGGCUUUUAAUUCAAAAUGCUCAAACCGGUGAUCCCUUCGUUACCGAGGAUUUGACAAAUCACCUCCUUCAAGAGCCAAGCCAUGCAUUCGGAUCGGAUUUAAUUGCACGAAAUUUACAGCGUGGGAGAGACCAUGGGCUUCCGGCUUAUAUGGAAUUCAGAAAAAUUUGCGGGUUAGAUACGAUCGACACGUGGACUGUAAAACCGGACCAAAUUAGUGAAGAAACUUGGGCGAAGUUUGAAUCUUUGUUUGAAAAUCCGGACCAAAUUGACCUUUUUACGGGGGGAAUUGUCGAAAUUCCGGAGGGAGAUGCGUUAACCGGACCAACUUUUAACUGUUUGAAGGCAAUGCAAUUUAAACUCCUUAAAGAUGGUGACCGAUUUUUCUUCACGCAUGGAAACGGUGGUCCCGGGGCUUUCUGGGAGUAUCAAAUUCAACACUUGAGAAAACGCACGUUUGGAGAUAUUAUUUGCGAAAAUAGUGGAAUCGCACAAACCCAACAGAACGUUUUCCUAACUGGAAUUGGGCCAAAUAUGUGGGUGUCCUGCAAUUCUUCGGAAAGAGCUCGACUGGAUGUUACACUAUUUAUUAAUUAACUGGUGGAAUUUGCAUAAUUUAAAGAAAUAUGUACCUUAAAUAUUUAUGACUAUUAAAUAAAUUCGAAGAAACAAA